AUGCAAAUCGACGAUGUAUUUUCAUUUAACAGUGAAACAGUUUGCGAGGCUAUGAGUAGUGAAACAGGUGUCGUUAGCCGUCAGUACAUGCGGUCUUUUCGAAGAACAUUUCAAGAAGCUCGCGAAUGUGCAUUUAAUUCAAAUGAAACAAGAUGUCGUCCACUGCUAAUUUGCGUUCAUCAUCGAAGAAGUUUUCCAUAUUUCGAUGUUUAUCAAUAUAUGUUCUACUCUGAAUAUCUACUUGAGUUUCUGAAUGAAAAUUAUACUCUUUGGCUGUGUGACAUCACUCAAUACUCGAAUAGAACUAUGUUAUAUCAAGUAUGCCCGACUUUAUUCGACAUUGACUUUGUUGUAAAUGAUCCUUGGGAACAGUUUCCACCCAUCUUAAUUGGCGUUCUGCGACAAUCAGAUGACGAGUUGUCCGAUUGCGAAUUUGAAUUACUAUUCGAUGGUAUGCAUUUAAUACAUACCAUGGGCGAUUUAACUCUGGAAACUUUAUUCGACGAACUACUCAAAUUUAAAGAUCAAUUUGAUGACAAUGAGAAAAAUUUCGUAUUUGAUUUCUUGCGAGUUGCCCGCCUAUGUGAUGAUAUGUUUUAUGAAAUAGUACCAUAUAUGACAUUAAACGACGCAUUAACGACAUUUUCAUCUAAAUACGCCGGUAUAUUGCAAGAACGCAAUAUUAAAUUAUUACUCGAUAAUCCCUCGGAUGAAUUCAUGGCAGCAAUCAUUAAUAGAAUUCCGUCCGAAUUGAUUAUAGCGUUACGCAUUAAAGUAGAUGAUUUGAGUUCUAAAUUGCAGUUACUCAAAGACAAAAAAGCUUCUGCUAAUGUGACGAGAUUGAUUUUGACUAACAUUGAACGACUAGAUCGAAUGAAUGACUAUCUCGCAUAUUUUGCCAAUGUUACCUGCCUUUCUCUUUGCUAUGCCAGUAAUAUUGACUUUCGUAAUUUAUGUAAUUGCAUCCGAUACUUCCCAAGCUCAGUCAAACGAUUGAAAAUCGCUUGUACGAACGUUCUUUGUUCUCAUAAUCGAAUGGAUUAUCUCUUCAGCAAAAGUUGCCAUUUCAAUUCCACAAUCGAACAUCUAUUAAUUAGUAUCGAACUUAUUUCCACGUCAAUCGUAAACAGUUGCCAUCAGUACCAUCCAAUAUGCGAAUUGAAAACGAUCGCGGACUUCAUUCGAGUUUUAACUAACAUUCAAGACGUUCGUAUAGUUGUCCAUCAUGGAAAUCUCGUUCGACUGUUAGAUCUCGUCGAAUGGAAAGGUGUGUUACAACUACGUCCGACAUUGAAGAAAAUCGUACUGAAACCAAGUACAAACGUGAUAGUAGAUGAGCAAGCAAGACAAAAGGCGUUAGAUAUUCAGCAACAAAUGGCUGCUGUAAAUCGAAUAAUUGAAUUCGAAAUUGCAUAG